ACUCUCGAAUCAGAGCUCUACGCCGCGAUACGUAAGUGUUCUGUGUUUGUUUGCUUCUCGCGGAACGAAGCUCUCGAAAUAUGACUCAAGAAGGCCAACUGCCUCCUCCACCUGUUCUGUGGGCCCAGAGAAGAGAUAUUAUAUAUCUUACCAUCUGUUUGGAAGACUGCAAGGAUCCAGUUAUUAACAUCGAACCACAAAUGAUAUAUUUCAAAGGAGUUGGUGGAACGGAACAAAAAAUGCACGAAUUAACCAUUAACCUAUACGAAGAAAUUAAUCCAAUUCUAACACAACAGAAGUUAAGGGGAAGGACUUUAGAGUUAAUUCUUACCAGAAAGAAAUCAGGUCCGUAUUGGCCAAGAUUAACUAAGGAAAAGACGAAAGCGCAUUGGUUAAAAAGUGAUUUUAAUAAAUGGAAGGAUGAAGAUGAUAGUGAUGAUGAUGCUGACACCAAAGGUGGAAGCGAUUUAGAAGAAAUGAUGCGACAGAUGGGUGGCUUAGGAGGAUCAGAAGGUAGUAAACCACACUUGGAUGAUUUAGAUUCUUCAGAUGAAAGUGAAGGAAUGGAUAGCGACUUCGAUGAUAUACCUGAUCUUGAAUGAAAAAAAUUUGACGCUACUUUCAAAUAAUCUUCAUUAAAAAAAAAAUAAUAAUAAAAAAUACAAAAAAUAAAUGGCGACCUAAGAAUAGUGCACCACCAGGCGAUAUUUCAGUAGGCCAUGCUAUUUGUAUUUUCAAUUGCAAAUAAGUUUUGCAAAGUUACUAAUGGCCCAGAUUGCAGUAGCAAACAGGCAAAUAAGGUACAUGAAAAACUGUCAACAUAAAGGGAUACAGUGGUCAAGAGAAAAAACAGUAAUAUACUUUUUAAAGAUUCUCCAAUCUUUCUUUAUUCCGUAGUUCAUAUAUUAAGUUAUAAUGAACGAGCUUUUUUAAUUACUUGUGUAUAAUAUG